CAUGAGGAUUGAGGCUGCUCUUCCAGCGGGCUUGUGUGUCCUGUGUCUCACUCUGACACUUCUUGGGGAAGGAAUGGGACAAAUACUUGCUGAUCCACCUGCGGUGACGUGUCAGUGGAGUCAGUGGUCAGAGUGGAGUGCUUGUGAUGCCUGCACGAAAACAAGCAGGCGCUCUCGGACCGUAGAGGUGUUUGGGCAGUUCGGGGGUGAGUCCUGCCAGGGGUCAGUGGGGGACAGGAAGUUCUGUGUACCUGACACCGUGUGUGAGUCUCCACCUCCUGCUGUGUGCUCGGACACGGAGUUCCAGUGUGAGUCAGGACCGUGUAUUAAGAAUAGGUUAAUGUGCAACGGGGACUACGACUGUGAAGACGGAUCAGACGAGGACUGCGAGCCUGUGCGCAAACCCUGCGGUGACACAGUGUUAGAUACCAAUGAGCAGAGCAGGACGGCGGGAUACGGAGUCACGGUCUUGGGUGCAGAUCCUCGAAUGAACCCCUUCAACAACGACUUCUUCAAUGGGAGGUGUGAACGAGUGAGGAACCCUUACUCUUUGAAGAACGACAGACUUCCUUGGAACGUCGGUGUGUUCAACUAUCAGACGCUGGUGGAGGAAACCGUGUCCAGAGAGAUUUAUGAAGACACACACACUCUCCUGAGAGAGCUGCUGAGGGAGAUGAGUUUCAACAUCGACGCUGGCCUUUCUUUCAAGUUCAACCUGAAUGAGAAAUCCCUGUCCAAUUUUUCUGGUGGCAUUAAAGCAGGAUUUGAGUAUGAAAAGAAAACAAUGAUUAAAAAAGUGUCUGAACUGACACAAAUCCAGAACAAGAGCUUCAUGCGGGUGAAGGGCCGAGUCCAGCUGAGCACCUACAGGCUUCGCUCCCGUGAGCUGCAGGUGGCCGGUGAAUUCCUGGAGCACGUCAAAUCUUUGCCCUUGCAGUACGAGAAGGGGAUUUAUUUUGCCUUCCUGGAAGAUUAUGGCACCCACUACACCAAAAACGGAAAGUCGGGGGGCGAAUAUGAGCUGAUUUAUGUUCUGAACCAGGACACCAUCAAGCUAAGAAAUCUCACGGAGAGGAGCGUUCAAGAAUGCAUCAAAUUAGGAAUCUCUGCAGAUUUUGAUGCCGUCACUGUGAAGGCUGGAAAGGCGCAUUUCAAUCUGAAUGAUUGUAACAAUGAUUCCUCAAAGACUGACGUUAAAACCGAUGGAAAGGCCCUGGUGGAUCAGGUGAUGACAUCAGUCAAAGGGGGGUCUCUUGAGAGUGCUGUGACCAUGAGGGCUAAACUGAAUCGAGACGGACACAUGGACAUCGCAACAUAUCAACAGUGGGCCCGAAGCAUCGCGGAUGCCCCUGCACUGCUCAGCAGCGAGUCAGAGCCCAUCUACAUGCUUAUCCCGCUGGACGCGCCAGAGGCCAACGCCAGGAUAUCGAACCUGAAACGGGCCACGGCCGACUACGUGGCGGAAUACAACGUGUGCAAGUGUAAGCCCUGUCAUAACGGAGGCACUCUCACUCUGCUGGACGGGAAGUGCCUGUGUCUGUGCCCUCACCUGUUUGAAGGCCUGGCCUGCCAGAAUUACAAGGGCGAUAAAGCCAGAUACCAAGGUACGAGGCCGACUGUGAAUUCGGAGGGUAACUGGUCGUGCUGGUCCGCCUGGUCCAGCUGCAGCGGAGGAAGGAGAAGCAGGACGCGGCGCUGCAACACAGACGGGCUUCUGGGGGCUGCUUGCAGAGGAGACACAAACAGUAUGGAGUACUGCUGAGCCGAUGGACCACUUUCCCCACAACUGCUGCUUUUGUGUUCCCCCUCCCAGUGCUUCCUGUGAGCUGAAUGUGUGGCUAUAACAACUGUAAAUAUAUGCACAUGAUAAGUCCUGUGUAGCA